UGUUUGGCGUAUCGAAUCAGAGAGCAGCUUUUCAGCUGGCAUCCUGUGUUUGUUUGUGUCCUUCAGAACACCACAGACAGCUCGUCUAACUCCUCCCAGAAACUGGAGAGCUCUCUGCAGCCGCACGAGUCCUCGCCCCUUCCGCAGAGACACAAGUGCAUGCUGGGACAUCGCCACGACCUCCACGACCCCUACCGGCUCUCAGACCACCACUUCAUGGACCAGCCGUUGUCUCGGCUUCCCCGUCACGUCACCUUCCAGGACGACGAGGAAAUCGUCCGCAUCAACCCUCGGGAGCGCAGCUGGGAGCGAAACACCGAGCGCCACUAUGGACGCCCGUCAGAUCGCCCCUGGCUCAAGGGCUACGAGGACUACCGGCACGCCACCGUGCGGGACAAGUUCAUCCAAAUGGACGACUCUGAGUCCUACGUCCACUUUGCCAAGACGGAGGCGCAGAAGCACGACUACACCUACCCGCUGGCGCCGGCCCUGUCGCCCUCAGACUCUGACCCCGAACUCGGACCCUUGAACAAGGGCCACGGCGGCUCGUAUCGCCAGGGCUUCCCCUCCGUGGUCUCCGCCCAGCCCCGCUCCUUCCUCCCGAGCUCCUCGCCGUCCGCCAACGGCAGGAAGGGACGGAAGGAGGACGGGUUGGAGCGCGCUCAGUGCGAGCACUGCGGCGAGGCCUUUUACGUCUCCAACAACCGGAGGGGGCGGUGCCACGAUGCGCCGGACCCCGUGCGGGCGUGCGUCCGGCGGGUCAGCUGCAUGUGGCUGGCAGACACCAUGCUCUACCACUGCAUGUCCGACCCAGAGGGGGACUACUCGGACCCCUGCUCCUGUGACGGAGGCGAGGGCGGCGGCGGUGGCCGACUCGGCUCGCGCUGGCUAGCUCUGCUCUGCUUGUCUCUGGUGGCGCCGUGCCUCUGCCUCUACCCGCCUCUCCACGCCUGCCACCGGGCGGGGCUCAGGUGCGGCUGCUGCGGAGGCCGACACAAGGCACUGAGCUGAGAAAUAAAACGACAGAACACCAAAACCCAACGCAAGCACAGGGAAAGGGAAGGAUGGGAGGGUGGGGGGGGAGAUGCACAGAGGGAACAAGUGGUCAUGGCUGCUCACUCCCUUGCCUUGGAUUCUCUGGGAUUCUCUACAAAUUCCAGACACUGAAAUAAGCCAAAAAAUUAAAAAAACUGUUGGUGCAUUUUCUGAACAGCCUGGGAAGAUAAGCUCCCCCUCACGGCAGACAGUUCUCUCCGCUCUCCACGUGGCCAUUUCACGCUCUGUUUCUAGAGAGAGCACUCUUUUUCAGGGCGCCUUUUUUUUUUUUUUUUUUUUUUAUAGCUGACCUAUAUGUCAUGUAUCACAUAUGCAGGUACUUUAUACUUUGUACACUGAUAUCGGCGUCAAAGAACUUGAAUUGUUUCUUUGUUCUAUUUUUUUUCCUUUCUCUCCUUUGAUGUACGCGCGGCCAUUUUGUUUAUAUUCUAUUCCAAUAUCAGGCCGCUGAGCUCAACUCCAGCUACAAGAGAAAUCAGACACUAAACCUCUUUACGUGUGUGUGUGUGUGUGUGUGUGUGUGUGUGUGUGUGUGUGUGUGUGUGUGGAUGGUAUAUGUACAUGCUUACAAUGUGCGCCGAGGCCUUUCACUGUCUGUACUGCAGCUUAUAGUAAAGCUCAUUUAUAGAGUCCACAUAGCGCUCCACCAUCGACGUCUUUGUUCACAGAAACAAACGUGGUACUUGUCUUAAUAUCCCAAAGAUUCGUGUUUUUAUCCUAUUUAUUUUCUCACUGAAUUGAUCUACCAGCAAAAAAAACAAAGGGUGCUGGGUUGUGAUUCACCCACUGACUGAGACGGUGCUACGAUACUCCAGCAUCCAUCUCCCAGUUCCUUCAACCAGUGCCUCAAACUAUCGCCUAAACCAGGAACCCACCCGGUCCGUUUCUUGUGGACGUACACUCUAAAGCGGUGUGAGCUUUUUAAAAGCUCUUGAUUUCCUCAUUUCUCUGCAGAACCUCAGUCAGCAGUCCGUGCCACGUCAAGGACUGAAAAAUCAAUCAGAGAUACCGUUAAAACGUGGUGCCCUUUAUGCCUUAAAGUGUGGAGUCUGGCUCCAAACUCCCCCGUCCCCCGUCCCUCUGAAGAUGUCUGCUAUGAUGAAAAGCGCGAGCACGGUUACGGCUCCAAGCAAUCAGCCUCACCGCGUACUCUUAUAAACUUGGGGCUAAACUAUUUUUGUAAUGAAAAGGAACUCGUAAAAGGCUUCUCAUAAAGUGUGUAAACUAAGGACUCCAGUUUGCUUUGCGAUGAACAAUCAGCUCCCCUCUUUAAAGCCCCGUCCUCCAGCGGAGCCCAUCAGUCACAUGUGUGGAACAGCAAAGUCCUCAGCGAUAGUUCAUAACUAACUUAAUGUGUUUGACCUUGAUUCAGUUCACUGUUUUCAAGAUGCUUUACAACAAAAUACCCCCCCCCCCCCCCCCCCCACACACACACUAAAAUAUGCCUUAUAAUAGUCAUUCAAAUCUCCUUACUAGUGAAAAUUAGCAUAAAACAUUUCUUUUAACCAAAAACAAAUGAUUAGGAAUGACAUUUUGACACAUACAACAUCACGACAGCAACGUAGUCUUAUUUAUAAAAGAUGAGCCGACAUGUCAAACAUGCGUUGUAAAAGGAAUAAUCGGACACUUUAGGGCAUAUGUGUGACAGGAGGCGCUUAGCUUAGCUUAGUUUAGCUUAGCACUAGAAACAGGGAAAUCUACCCUGGCUCUGUCCAACCGUAACAAAAUCCACAUGCUGGUGCCUCUACAGCUGAGUAACUUACCAAAGAAAAUGAAAUGUUUUAAUGCAUUUUGUAACCAAAAUCUGAAGUUUUUCACAAUACUCUCUGUUCCAAUGGGAACCCGGAGGUCUUGCUAAUACCUGGAGCUAAUAGCUGGAACAGUUAUCAUCAUCCCAUAAGGUUCUUAUACAAUGGAAACGUUGUUCACUGCUCCAGUAAAUAGGACGGACCUUAGAUACUACUUGGCUGGCUUUUAGCUCAGCUAAGAGCCAGAAAGCUAACGUUAUGCUAGCAGGAUUCAAAGUCGACAAAAAGUAAAAAUAAGUUGGCAGUAUUUUUAACAACAACCCUCAAAUCACUAUAAAAGCUUUAAUCAACAAAAUGAGAGG